AUGCUCCUCGGGACGAAAAGCAUAUUUAAAAGAAUCAAAUUUUGUUGUUACAUAAUUAUUCAAUCAACAUCGAUUAAUUUUAUGGCCAACUAAUCAUCGUGUCCGAACGACCGGCGCGUAAUGUUUAUUUUUCAUCGCGAAAUUUCAUUGAUUUCCAGAUUACGUCAGAUGAAACGAAACGGUCUCGGGUCUAGAUUUAUUCGAAACGUCAGACCGUGGAAUUAAUUAUGUUUUGGCCGGGAAUUGAUGUUUUCAAGUUACGGUUCGAAAAUUGAUCGAAUAAACAUGUUCAUCAUCGUAGCAAUAGAAGGAGGUUAUUUCAAACCAAGAUUUGUUUAUUUCACAACUGCUGUCCCUCCACAGGAGAUGAAAAACCAGGUUCACUAAGGAAAAAAUUCCGUAACUCCAUACGAUAAUGACAAAAAAAUUCGAGUUUGAUUGGCAUAUACCUGUACCCGAAUGCCUUCUGACCGGUUGUGUAUUCGAUAGAUGGACAGAGGAAAAGGAUAAUACUGAACUUGAACAGAAGGCACUUUUUAAAGUUGAUCAGUAUGGAUUUUUCAUCUAUUGGAAAAGUGAGGGAAGGGAGGGUGAUGUCAUCGAACUAUGCCAAGUUAGUGAUAUUCGUGCAGGUGGAUUACCUAAGGAGUCCAGGCUACUCAAUUCCAUCCUGAGUAAACAUGGGAAUGAUGCAGAAGAAAAGUCCCUGACUAUAUGCAGUGGGACAGAUUAUAUAAAUAUCAGUUAUCAGCAUUUAAUCUGUCCCAGUGCUGAAACUGCUAAGGAGUGGCAAGCUGCCUUGAGGAGCAUAACUCACAACAACAAAAUGGCUAAUAUUUGUCCCAGAACUGCAUUGAUGAAACACUGGAUGAGACUCACAUUUACGGUUGACGCGAAAGGCAAAGUUCCCGUCAAAGUGGUCGCGAGGACCUUCGCAUCUGGAAAAACUGAAAAAUUGGUUUAUCAAUGUUUAUCCGACUUGGGUCUUCCUAGUGGAAAGAACGAUAUCAUCGAACCGGAGGAUUUCGUAUUCGAGAAGUUCUACGCAUUGUAUCAUAAAAUAUGCCCAAGAAACGAUAUCGAGGAACUAUUUCAAACUAUAACGGAAGGUAAAGCGGAAAGUAUGAAUUUGGAUCAGCUAAUCAAUUUUCUGAACGAAAAGCAACGAGAUCCACGGCUCAAUGAAAUUUUAUAUCCUCUCUAUGAUGAAAAAAGAGCGGCUGAAAUAAUAGCAACCUAUGAGCAAAUUGAAGAGAACAUCAAAGAGAAUAAAUUAUCCAAAGAUGGAUUUAUCAGAUAUCUUAUGUCUGAUGAAAACGCUCCAGUAUUUUUAGAUAGAUUAGUCACUUACAUGGACAUGGAUCAACCCCUGUGCGCGUAUUACAUAAAUUCUAGUCAUAACACUUACCUGAGUGGGCGACAAUUUGGCGGCAAAUCUUCAGUGGAAAUGUAUCGACAAGUUUUGCUGGCAGGUUGCAGAUGUGUAGAGCUCGAUUGUUGGGACGGCAAGGGUGAAGACGAAGAACCUAUCAUAACUCACGGAAGGGCGAUGUGCACUGAUAUCCUCUUCAAGGACGUCAUAUAUGCCAUUCGUGAUACAGCGUUUGUCACAUCUGAUUAUCCAGUUAUACUGUCCUUCGAAAAUCAUUGCUGUAAAACUCAGCAAUAUAAACUUGCCAAAUAUUGUGAUGAAAUUUUGGGUGAUUUCUUGCUGAAGGAACCCAUUGAAGAGCAUCCGUUGGAACCUGGUUGUCCUUUACCUCCGCCUUCCGCUUUGAAAAGGAAAAUUCUCAUCAAAAAUAAAAGAUUAAAACCUGAGGUGGAAAAACAAGAGUUGGAAUUAUUCAGACAAGGACAGUUUGUAAUUGAAGACGAGGAGAAAGAAGACGCAAGCGCAUGUACUGAUAGAGCCUUGCCCCCUGAUAUUUCUGCUGAGACACCUGUACCUGACGGAGUGCCUCUACCAGACGGGGAAGCUGUUGCGCCUGUGCAAUACACCGGCUCUACCACCAAUGUCCAUCCUUGGCUCAGUUCUAUGGUGAAUUAUGCCCAACCUGUGAAAUUUCAAGGAUUCGACGUGGCAGAAGAAAAAAACAUUCAUCACAACAUGUCCAGCUUCUCAGAACCGACCGGUUUGAACUAUUUAAGAACUCAGGCGAUCGAAUUCGUCAACUACAACAAAAGACAAAUGUCGAGAAUUUAUCCUAGUGGCGCCAGAGCGAAUUCCUCUAAUUACAUGCCUCAGGUGUUCUGGAACGCUGGCUGCCAAAUGGUAUCCCUCAACUUCCAAACAUCCGAUCUCCCGAUGCAGUUAAACCAAGGAAAAUUCGAAUACAACGGUAACUGCGGUUAUCUGCUGAAGCCGGAUUUCAUGAGGAGACACGACCGUACUUUCGAUCCGUUUGCCGAAUGUCCGGUAGAUGGCGUGAUUGCGGCUCAGUGCUCUGUACAGGUAAUUGCUGGCCAAUUCUUGUCAGAUAAGAAAGUUGGAACUUAUGUAGAGGUAGAUAUGUACGGUUUACCAACAGACACCAUAAGAAAAGAGUUCAAGACCAGAAUGGUACCGGCUAACGGGUUGAAUCCAGUAUAUAAAGAAGACCCGUUUCUGUUCAGAAAAAUAGUUCUACCCGAUCUAGCUGUACUACGAUUCGGUGUAUAUGAUGAAAAUGGGAAAUUGUUGGGUCAGCGCAUCUUACCAUUGGAUGGAUUACAAGCGGGGUACCGUCAUAUUUCUUUGAGAACUGAGGCAAAUUUCCCAAUGUCCCUACCCAUGUUGUUUUGUAACAUCGAAUUGAAAAUUUACGUUCCCGAUGGUUUUGAGGAUUUCAUGGCUGCGCUGAGCGAUCCUCGAGGUUUCAUGGGGGCCCAGAAGAAACAGAACGAACAAAUGUCUUCCAUGGGAAUCGAAGUUACUGAUAGUAAAGACGCGGCAAAAAAGGAAGCCAAAGAAGAGAAGAAAGAAGAGCCAUUAGUUUUCGAGGCUAUCACAAUUGAAACGAUCAAACAAGACAAGGGAUUCCAAAAGACGACGAAGAAACAACAAAAGGAAUACGACACAAUGAAAAAGAAGCAAACUAAAGAAAAACUGGCUGUGCAAAAGUCGCAAUGUAGUGCCAUCGAUAAACUGAUUAAAGGCAAAAACAAGAAUGACCUAGUGAACGAUCCGGCUGUCAGAAAACUAGUGACGGAACAAACCAUAGAAUGGAGCACAUUGAUGGAAAGACAUAGAAAACAGGAGUGGGAAUAUCUGAGAAACCAACUCGAUGACCAACGGGAUGUGUUGAGAAAACACAUGGAACUACUGCAAGCGGCUCAAAUGAAGACACUAGAAGCUAAGCACGAUAGGGAAAAGAAGGAAAUGAACAGUCGUCAAGCAAAAAUUUCUGUAGAAACUGCUAAAGAGGUUGCCAACGACAAAACUUUGAAAACGAAAAAAGAUAAGGAACGCAGAUUGAAAGAAAAACAACAGACCAAUGACAAACGUUUUCUGGACGAACACAAAACCGCAGCUAUAAAGCAAGCGAAGGAGAAAGAAAAGCUUAAAAUAAAACAUGAUAAACAGUUGGAAAUGCUAUCCCAUGACAUUCAAAGGAUGAUCGAUAUGUACAAAAAUGAGGAGUUGGAGUACGAUAUGUCAAGUAAAUGUGAAUUCUUUGCUUGAGAUAACUUUCAAGUUUCAGUAUUUGAUUAUUAAGAUUGUUUAUCAUCAUAGUCCAAUAUUAUCGAUAUUUAACGUUAUUGCCACUAGAAUUCUAAUGGGACCACCUUAGUUGAGUCUCAAUCUGUGAAAACUCAAUAUUUAUUUGUAGUUUUAUUUUAACUAAAGUUUACUGUUAUAAAAUCAGUUACGCUUUGAUGAUUAUAUGAACAGUAGAUAUAAAAGUUAUAGACUGAAUUGAAAUAAUCUCUAAAUUUUAAUCUUCCUCCAACUUUAAAUGAUAGGAUCGAAUUUAUAUUGCAUUUUUUCCUGAUAGUGUUAUUUUAUUUAUUGUAUUAAUGAAAAGGGAAAAAAUUUCAUCCUACAUAUCAGAUAUGUUCCCAUUUUUUCAUUGCGAGUUUACUAAACUGUUAUUGUUGAGAGAAUUGUUGUUUAUAUAAUUUAUGUGUUUUAUUAUUAGAUAAGUUAAGCCUAAAGUGCAUUUAUUCUUUUUUCUUUGUUAUAGGAGAAUUUAACAUAAAUUUUGAUGAAUUCCA